GCAGUCGUUUGGAGAUGCUCUCGAGCAACCGAGCUGGUAAGAGGGGAGAUUGACAAGUCCAGAAUUCCAGAUCCCCAAUUUCUCUCUCCCUCCAAAUCCGACCUCGCUUCCGAAUUCGCUUCUACCCCCUCCCCUGGUUUGCUAGGCUCCACCUCGCCUCGGCACCGCGUUUCUGUAUCGACUCUACGCCGCAUAGGCAGCGGCCAGCCAUCGUCCUCCUCCAGUACCUAGAGUAACCCGCUGAAGUGGCAAUCCAGCCGAACUUGUUUUCGAUCGGAGCCGGGCACGGCGAGGGCGAAUGGGUUCGGCUUCUAAGCCAUCUCCGACGGCGGGCGCGCCUAGCCGGCGUAAGGUAGCGCUCUGCCUGACGCUCCUCACCCUGCAGUACGGCGCCCAGCCCCUAAUCUCCAAGCGCUGCGUCGGGCAAGGAGUCAUAGUGACUUCAUUAGUUCUUGCAAUUGAAUUAUUAAAGGUUAUAUGUGCGGUCAUUUUAUUGGUGGCAGAGGGUAGUCUGAAGGCGCAAUUCAGUAAUUGGAGUCUUGUUGGAUCACUGACUGCAUCAGGACUUCCUGCUGCCAUCUAUGCACUUCAGAAUAGCCUGUUGCAGAUAUCAUACAAGAAUUUGGAUUCCCUGACCUUUUCAAUCCUUAACCAGACCAAGCUAUUAUUCACAGCAUUCUUCACAUAUCUUAUUUUGGGGCAAAAACAAUCACCCAAACAAAUUUUAGCAUUAGCCCUCUUAAUCACCGCGGCUGUCCUUUUAAGCAUUGGGGAGAGUAGCAGGAAAGGUGCAAGUGGUGGUAGCUCUGAUUAUGUCUUACUCUAUGGAGUCAUUCCUGUUACUGUUGCAUCUGUGUUGUCUGGUUUGGCCUCUUCGUUAUGUCAGUGGGCAUCUCAGGUUAAAAAGCAUACAUCUUACAUGAUGACUAUCGAGAUGUCAUUUAUUGGGAGUAUGUGCUUGUUAGCAAGUACCUUUCAGUCACCAGACGGAGAAGCCCUGAGAAUAUAUGGUUUUUUCCAUGAAUGGACUUUAUGGACAGUGAUACCAGUGUUAAUGAAUGCUGUCGGUGGGAUUCUUGUUGGUCUUGUCACAUCAUAUGCAGGAGGUAUUAAAAAGGGUUUUGUGAUUGUCUCGGCUCUCCUCGUAACUGCAUUACUCCAGUUUAUAUUUGAUGGGAAGCCGCCAUCACUGCAUUGCCUGGUGGCACUGCCGCUUGUUAUGACAAGCAUAUUCAUUUACCAGAAGUAUCCGUACGUUGAUAGUAAGAAGAAAGACAGAUAAACAUGCUCGUCAGAGAAAGGUUUUACUUAGCAUCAACAACAUAAUACUGACUAGUAUUUUAUCCCACGGAAGUUGAAGUUGGUACUGAGAAAAUGGGGCCAUAUUUGACCUGGAAGAGUGUGUAUUCAUGGAGCAAUGUAUCAACCAUCUGUCGAUCCCCACUGUGAACUGAAUUAUUACUAGCUUCACUAAACAUGUAGUCGAUUCCAGUUAAUUUCAUGUUGGUUGUAUUGUCUUCUACUCUUGAGCUAUUGUUGUGUGGGCCAAGCCUUUCCGAGUAUUAUAUUUUGAGCUGUUGUGAUUGUUUGAA